CAGUGACCAUGGAUGGCACAAAAGCCCCUUGCAACAUAUCAAGAAAUUUGAAACUAAGUAAUGGUAAAUACAAUGUCUCAGAAAAUGGAAUGUUUGAAGUGAAGGGUGGUGUGUUCAAAGACUGCAAAUAUGCAUGGACUUCUUAUAAGACAGAACUACGGCUCUUCCGCAUGUCAGUAGGAAACAAAAUUGCCACAUGGAGGUUUGGAGCAGAUGUUUUUCAGUCUGACAGUGUUGCAGAAAUUGGACAGGAGCAUAUUGGGUACCGUGUGCCUCAUGUGACCUGUGUGUGCGAGUUGCCACCACGGGGAGCAGUCACUGGUUCUACUGCUCCUCAGCUUCUUGUAGGACUAGACUGUGGGCCCAGUCGUGGUGGUGCUGUAUGUAUUUGUGACAGCUCGUCUGGGUCUAUAAUUACAACUAUCAACGUCUUACACCCGGUCUCAUCAUUGUCAGUUAUUGAUGGAGGAGCAAGUCCUGCGAGCAGACUUCUUUCUCCAGCCAUCACGAACAUGUGUGGGGUGGCUGCUGUAGGCCUUACAGGAUGUGGAUAUGUAAUGUUAGUUGAUUUGCGGCGGCACGAUCCAGAUGGCCCUCACACCGCCAUUCUUCUCAAUGAAGAGUCGUUUAAGGUACCCAGGAAGUUCGCUCUGAAGGGUUCAGACGGUAAAGUACGAUGUUACCUUCCUUCAUACAAGGUGGAUGUGACUUGUGUGCAGUAUGUGCCAUGUAUAACAAGCCUUCUUGUAGGAUAUAACUUUGGAUGUUUUGAGAUAUGGGACUUGCGGGAGCAGAAAAUUAGAUAUGUGAGUCCAGUGAUGGAGCAGACAAUUCCAGUAGCUCACAUCGCAUUCCAGGAGCCAUCAGAUGAUCCACGCAACUUCUGCUAUGUGUGGACUGUGCACAGUCCCAGUGGUGAGAUAAGUGAUAACAGUAGUGACUCUUGCCACCCAGUAGCAUUCAUGUAUGCUCUUUGCUACCAGUGGAAAGAAUGGAUUGAUGGCUGUGGCUAUAUCUAUGAGGGCUUUAAAGGAUGUAGCCAGCAUUACUUCUUUGAAAUGAAGGCAUAUGAGAACAAGGAAACACUUGGAGGGAACAGCCUCACCUGCCAGGCCGUCGGAACGGCUGUCUCAAGACAGCAUCGAUCCCUCGGGCCUGAUGAUUUUGAUGACAGUGUCAAUGAAGGUGAACUAAGCUUAUGCCUCUUCGCUUGGCAAAGUAUGGAUACAGACUGUAAGAGCAUGUUACGUGUUGCAUUAUUUGAUCUUGAUCGAUGGUACAAGGAAGAGAUGCCACAGUCUGGAACUGGAAGUUACAUAGUAGUUUUCCAUCUUGAAGACACACUGCACUCGUCUACCAAUCCUGUCCUUGAUGUGGUUGUUGAUGAGAGUUCACUCCAGCCCUACCGCUCAGAUACAGGACAUGAAGAGUACUACAGACCAUCUGCUUUAUCUUUUGUUUCACAGAUACUCUUUGAAGAUGAGUUGGUGGAAAUCAGUCACCCUGGUGAACAGCAGUUUUUGCUCUCACAUCUUGACAAAAGUGGUCCUCUUGCUCUGCUGCACCCUGCUCAGCUAUACAAGCAUUGUCUCAGCAUUGGAUUACGGCCGGCACUUUUUGAUAUCACAAGUCCGUCAAGUGAAGUAUCUUUGGAUCAGCAGCGCAGGUUUCUUCUAGCUCUUGCUCUCGAGUGGCAGAUGUCUGGGUUCUUACAUUCAUGUGCUGUUGAAUGGGCCAGUGGAUCCCAAAGUGUUGCUGGGUGUUCAUUACCAGUGCUCCUCACCUGGGGCUGGGAGUUUGCUCUGGCUGUCAAGGACGAAGCAAGCAAACUUUGUGCACCACUUUUUGAUCACUCGGGCACAAAACUGGACCGUGCUGGCCGGCGUUUGCUAAGCAUGUAUCGUAACCAGCUUGGCCAUUUGGCAAAACUCUUCAGCGGAGUGUUAACUUCACCCAAGAUUCCAAAAAUUUAUGUUCCAGAUUCCGUUGAAAAGCAGGCAAAGGCCCUUGAAAUGAUUUCACUAUAUUUUGAAGUUGUUCAAUGGUUCAUGAAUGCAGGAUUACUCCCGGAGUUUCCAGAUGAUGGUGUGACAUAUGGAGGAGAUCUACUGAUGGAAGAUCACCACAAACUUCUGCCAUAUCCUGCAUCUGUAAUUAAGAAGUUCUACGAGGACAGGAGGGCUGACUUGAAGGAUGAAGUUCCUCUCUUUGUUGACCUGUUGCUAGAACAGGACAAGUCACUCAAGCUGAAGGAACUAUGGGUCCAGGAUGGUGGAUCUGGUUUCUAUCCUCCUCCCUCUCUCCAGGCACUGCUCCAGACUUACCUAAUCGAUGUUUUGGACACAACUGCCAAACAUCGCUUUGUGAUAUAUGUAUUCCUUGAUCUUGCUGAAACGCUAGAUGACAGGUAUGCAGGUGCAAUUAACUAUCUAAUAAAGUUUCCAGCUGCAUUCUACAUGAGACCAAGCAUUAUUAAAAUAACUCAAGCGAUGUGGCUGCUUGAUCAUAAAGACUUUGAGGAAGCACUUCGAAUGCUGCUGGAUCCCAUGAUCAGACCUAUAGAUCUGGAACAGUGGCAGCAUCGUGCCAUUGCACUUGCAUUUCUCAAGCAAGGGAAAGCGGACCUUGCUUUGGACUACAUAGUGUGUCGGAAUGUCCCACUAGACACAUUUGAAGAUAUAAAAUUAAAAAUCUCAAUUUUAAUUGAAAAUAAGAAAGUUUUGGAGGCUUACGAAUGCCAGAGCAUGUACUCAAUUGGAGAAAGCAACCAAGAGUUGAUGGAGUUUUUUCUUCGUGAGUUACACCGAGCUGAGCUCAUGGAUCAGAUAUUUUACCUAACAUUAACACCUAUGGAGGAGAAGUGCUUUUUCCAGUUUCUGGACAAGUCCUUAGUUCAUGGAGGUGGUGGAACCAAGUUAAUAUACUACUUGCAGCAAUGCAGGAUCAUUGAGGCAUUUGAGACUGUUGAUAUCUUGGAACGCAAAUACAACGAAAAUUACUUCAAUGAGACUCUUCGGAGCCUUCCAUACAAGUAUGUUGCAAAAUCUGUUGAAGGGCUGCCAGAGAUAACACGUAAAACAGCAGAUGUCUACAGAUCUGCUAAAGCACCUUCUUGUAAUACAGGUACUAUUCCCGAACCUCUGUCGAUGACACUCUAUCGCCACAAAUCGUCAGAUCCUCUUUGGAAUAAAUCUACAGGCAUAGAGACAAUUUUGAGGAAAAUAAAAGAGACAUGGGUACCUGAGUUAGUGAAUGAUGCAGAUUCAUUAGUGCAAAAAACUCCAUUUCUUUUCUCUCCUUUUCACUUCCAGCUGAACAGGCAUUACAAUUCAACUCGAGCUGUUUGUGUAACAGAAAAGAAGCGUGGUAGACAGGAUGAAGAGAAAGAAGGAACACCUCCCAAACGUCGCCGAACAGAAGAUUUGAGACCUGUUAAUAACAGCAGUACCAUAGAGGAACCUCAUGAGCCUCGAGAAGUUGAUGUGUCACUGUUGUUAGACACCCCAAGAAUAAAGAGGCUGUCUGAACUAAGAGCAACUGCAAAUGCCUCAUUUUCUGGCACACCUAUCAGAGAAACGUCAACUCAUCAUUCUAUCCUUAAGGUACAUUCAGUUUCAAAAAAAUCAUUGUCACCUGAAGAUUCGGUUAGUGAAGAUAUAAGCAGAACAACAAGAGGGGCUGCAUCAAAAGACCACGGGACAGAGAUGAACACCGAUGGCAAAAAGACAGAGGAGAAAAAGGAAUCCGAAACAGGCGUGCUGUCAGCAAGCCGACAGAUCCGUUUUGCAUUACCAAAAGAGAGCAACCUAGACAGAAAGAAAAGUGUCAUGGGUGCCAGCCCUAGGAAGGCUCUGUAUGAAGGAAAUGUUGCGCACACAACAGAUACCCAGGUGGGAGGAAGGAGGCCAGGAGACAUGGCACGUCCCUUAUGCUUUUUCCCAAAGCCUUCAAGUGGCACUCGGGACACAGAAGCUUCAGUAUCUAAAACAGUUUAUACAGCGAAGAAAGCUGAACGCAGUUUAUCAUUUUCUCCUUCUCCUCGGAAGCGAGACAGUGCUAACAGUGAAGAAAGAGUAGCUAGCAGAGUAGCUUCUAUUAAAGGGAAAUAUUUUUUCCCACCUAAAUCUAAAGUAGGUGAUGAUUCUGAAGAAAACCAAGAAGACAGUUUUGUGUCCGCUACCAGCGAUAUAGAUUCAAAUACUGAAGACGCUUCUGGAGAUGCAGUUCUGUCAUCUGUGUUAGCUGAAUCUGUCUCAAAAGAUUUGAAGCAAAAUAUUUCAUCAUCAACUAAUAUAGUGGAGUACCAACUUGAGGACAGUGUGCAGUCAGUAGAUGAUCAUAAUUUCAGAGAAAAGUGUGUCAAGACAGGUGACCCUCCUCGUGUGACGAUCAUUUCGCCCAGAAUUACAAAGAGGGAAUCUUAUAGGAAGAGUAAUGUUUCUUUCCUGACUGAUCAUACAAUGCAUGGCAUUGGAGGUAGUAAACUGCUGAACAGUCCCUCAAAGCAUUCAGUGAAGUUUGAUGAUUCUAGGCGGGCUGUUAAUAGCUGUUCUCUUCAGACAGCAGAUGGCAUACCAAAUACUGAAAAAUCAUCUACUUCAUUUGCAUGUGUCAGUAUUGAGACAGAAUCUCCAACCAGUACCACUACAACAAACAGAAAGAGUAUCCUGUCAUUUUCUCGUAGUAGUAUAACUCGUAAUGUCUCUUAUACUUCAGUUCUCAGUAGAAGAUCAGAUGAAGCACUGUCUGCUGCUGGACAGAAAUGUGAGGAUGAUGGUCCUAUUACUCAAGGAGCCACCUCUCAUUUGGAAUCAUAUUCUUUGUUGUCACAUAAUACAGUUAAGGGAGUAGUUAACACCAGUAACAAAACAGACAAAGAUAGCAGUAAGUCUUCUGCAUCAUUCCUACCUGACAACACUGUACGCAUUGUUCCUGGGAAUACUUCCACUAGGCAGACUGAUGAAAGGAGAGAAUCUCUGAGUGAUUCAAAACAGACUGAAAGUACUGUUUUGACGCCCAUUGAAGGUUUAUUAGCAUCUGAGAAAACAUCUUUGAUGGGAAUUGGGACUGAGACAGAAGAUAGUACCAGUUUAACAUCUGAGAGAAGUCAAUACAGCUCAUCCAGAUUUAUUCUUCCUGAUGCAACCAUUCAAAGCAGACCUGGUAAAAUAGUUGACAGUGAGCAGUUGGGUGGAGAUGUAAGCUCUGCAGGCAUGGCAAAAGAAAAUCGGAAAUGUGUUUCUUUCAAUGCCAGAGGUAGUCCGAAGUUGGGCAGAUCAUCGGAGACAUUGGCCGGCAUUGAAUCUGGGGCUGUAGAUAAUGAGAAUUCUGUCCAGAAGGAAUGUAGUAAUAGGCUGAGCUCAUCAUUUCUCCCACACAGCAGCAGUUAUGACAGGCCCGGUGUCUUGUCCUUCAGUGAACAAUCAGCUGUUGAAGUAAGGGUCACAGGCAGUGCAGAAGAAAUUCAAAAGAGUGGAGAAGACACACCAGAGGUUAAACAAUUAUCUAAGGCGUUGUCAGCAAGCGAAACUGGUCCUCGCAGCACAGUUUACGAUAGUCCUGUUAGCACACCAUGCAGCAGGCAGUCAGAAGACUUACAGAAAUCUGUAAAUGAUAGCAGCACAUAUGAAAAUAAUGUUGAAUCGACUCCAGAAGACACACUGAAGACUGACAAAUCAUCAGAUUCAGUGACAGAUAUCGUAGUUGAGGCAGAAGGUAAUGUUAGCUUCAUGCCUGAGAAAACAUGCAAUACACCUGUAUCUAACUUUCUGUCAGAUACCACCAGAUUUCUGCCAGACAACAGUAUCUGGAAUACCCCCAGUAAUUCUUCAUGCACCAGACACACUGAUAAUGUAUCAGAGUCUGUAGAUAAUACCAAAAAGACUGUUACUAUGACUAUGGAAGGUACAUUGGAAACUGACAAUUCAUCUACUGCAUUGAUAGAUACCAGUGCUGAGAUGGGAGGCAACAUCAGUAAACAGUGGUCAGCUUCACCGACAAGAAUCAGAGCUGAGACAUGUGGUGCUAUUAGCUCUACACCCAAGAAAACUUUGAGCACUUCUGUUUCUACAUUUCUGCCAGAUACCACCAGAUAUUUACCAGAUAACACUGUAUGGAAUACCCCCAGUAACACAUCAAGCACCAAACUUUCUGAUAAUGAACCAGAGGGCCUAAAUAACACCAAAGAGAGUGAAAGGAGUGUUGUGACUAUGGAAGAGACAUUGGAAACUGAUAAAUCAUCUCCUUCAUUGCUAGAUACCUUUGCAGUGGGAGGCAAUGCUAGUGACAAAUCAUCGACUCCACUGACAAAAAUCAGAGCUGAGACAGGAGGUAACGUCAGUUCCACACCUAAGGAAACUAUUUCUAGCUUGUUACCAGAUACUACCAGAUUCCUACCAGAUAACACCAUUUGGAACACUCCCACUAAUUCGGCAUGCACCAGACAUUGUGAAAAUGAACCAGGCUCAAUAGAUAACACCAAAAUGAGUGAAAGAAGUGUUUUGGUGACUUUGGAAGAGACACUGGAAACUGACAAAUCUACGUCCUUAGUAGGUGUCGAGACAGGAGGCAAUGUUAGUUCCAUGCCCCAGGGUAUUUGCGGUAAUCCUGUGCCGAGCUUCCUGCCGGAUACCACUACUUGGAAUAGCCCAAGUCAUUCAUUUGAUGGCAAGCUAUCGGCCAACGAAAUAAUCUCGCCACUCAGUGAACAAGAAAAUUGUCAAAAUGCUACUGUGACCAUAGAAGACAGCUUAGAAAUGGAAGAAAACCCUACUUUGUUGACAGACAGCAAAAGUGCUUCUAGAUAUCUUCCUGAUGACACGAGUUACAACAGCCCUGUUGAGAAAGAUGUGUUGGAAAAUCGGCUUGACAGUGAACCGCAGGGAAUUGGAAAGUCUGCUGACAAAAGAAGCAUUUCAGGGCGAUGUCACACUGAUCUUGAAGAUAAAGAGGAAAAGUGUCCUCCUGUAGCUGAUAGUGAUGCUGAUAAUAUUGACGAUGACGACGACGAUGAAGACUGGCAUGCCAGCGCCGUUGAAGAGGAAGAGGACUCCGAUGAAGCAGAUGAUGAACCAGUGGUAGCUGAUGAUGUGUCAGCUGUUGAUGUAGAAUCUGCCUCCUCCUCUUCGGCAUCCAUCGUACUCAUCAGCAGUUCUUCAUCUUCAACUAGCAGUGAUUCAGACAGUGAGGCAGCAGCAGAUGAAAGGAAAUGUGUCGGUGACAGCCGCACAUCAAGUGUGGACUUUGAUCCUCUACUUGAUCCUGAGAGUGACACUGCCGAAGAGGUAGCUACGGCAGCUAUUUCGCUGAAGGACCCGGACACCGAAAGUCAAAAUGUCGAUCUUCAGCAUUCUGGUGAAGAUUGCGGAGAUGGAGCAGAAAUGAACCAAACUCUGUCAGCAGAACAUGAGAGCAUUGCAGAUACUGAUCCAAAACUGAGAGAUAAUAGCUCCACAGAUGCGACAGAAAAAGCAAAGGAAACUGAAUAUGUGGAUAUUCAGUCCAUUUCCACUGGAGGUUGCAAAGUUUCAGAAGCUGUUAGUGCAGUAGAACCUCCUUACAUCAGUGGAACAGCUGAUUGUGACAACACAAAUAAGAAAAGGUCCCGGAAGGGACUGACAGAAAGAAAACUCUCAAGAUGCAGUAGUGAGCCCCCAGCUAAUGUGGAGAUGUUAGGGAGACUGAGGACAAAGAAGACACGUUCUACUGAUUCACUUAACAAUUCAACAGGCCCAUCUGUUGUUACUGAAACUUUUACUGAUAAAGUUUCUCAGUCUAAAGAUGAGGCUGACAAUUCUCAUACAACUAGUAAGGGUCAUAAGAACAACAUUGACAACUCUCCAAAUGUUGGGAAAGGGCAGAUUAUUAGUGACAUACCAGAGCUGCCUAAUGAAUCAGUGUCAGACGACAUACGUAACUCAAUACAAGAGUGGAUGAAUAGUCCGAUUGUCACAAGGGCAGGAUUCAGAAGGUUGUCCUCAAUACAAAGUGAACCACCUCUGAUGGAUGAUGUGUCUGAUAUAGUUUCACUCCCUCGAACGAGGCGAAAAAAGACCAGUUCUGUAAUAAUGGAGUCAACUUCUCCAAAGAAACGUGGCAGCAAAUCCACAUCACAGCACCAGGAGUCCACAGCUGCAAGAUCUGAGGCGCAAAGUGCAGAGCAUGAGCAACGGAUGGAGGAGUAUACCACAGAGCGCCGCCUUACAAGAUAUCAGCGCUCCCUACUAGCAAGAAGUGCUGACUUGGCAGCUGGAAGAGGGCGAAGCACACCACCUCAUGACCUGAAAACUUUCUCUUUACCAUCCCAAAGUCCUGUGCGACUCCGCUCAUCGGAUCGUCACUGUACGCCUUCUCCUGGAGAUGGCGACAACGUCUCAGUUGCUCAGUCUGAAGAUUCUGAAGUGUCAAGCUCAUUGACGAGUAGCAGCUAUCUGCAACGCUCUCCUAGAUCAGCUCGUUCGGAAAGUAUCAUCAGACGACCGUCGCGUCGGAAUCACAAUACAGCAGUGCGUUCACCAUCAUCAGUCUGUUCGAUGCCUGUUGCACCAGCUGUAUCACGGCAUGGAAGAUUGCGGCAGGUUAAGAAGAGAGGUGGUGAAGUCUCCGAGGAACUACAGAAAGAUGCUUCAGCCUUACAUCGUGCAAGGAGGACAAAGAGUCAUUCCAGUUUGGAUGUAUCAAAGAGAAAAUCAUCACCAAAUACUUCCCAUGAAGACUUGACAAAGCAAGAGUCUCAAGCCAAAGAACUGAGAGUAACACGAAGUGUGGCAAGACUUGGGCCACAUUCAUCACAUUCAGUUCUGCAGCCAAUACCAGAAGAGUCCACAUCUAGUUCUGUCGGUGCGAGCAACAAACAGCCAGCCCCAACUGAGCGGCGCAAGAGGAAGCAUACAUCAAGGUCACCAGUUUCAAAGAAAACAUCGCCUAGAAAUAAGAAGCAGGAAUCUACAAGGAUAUCACCAAGAAAAGCAAUGAGGUUGCGCAGUCGUCUCCUGAAAUAAUUGUCGUUCAGGGUAACAUUAUGCAAGAAAACAAUUUUCUUUGUAAAAGAAAAUGGAAAUAUCAAAGAAAUUGACAAGUGGAACACAGUACUUUUUUCCAUUUAUAGCAGACACCGCCAAGUUUCUGGUAUUUCAGGUUUAUAUUUAACAAAUACAUUUAAAAAAUUGGACAGGCAUUUGUAUAAAUAUUUACUGUGUUAAAUGCAUGUAGGAAUAAGUUUCUCAUCUCUUGACAGGUAGGGCAUAGCCUGCAUGAUUUUAAUUUACGAAGAACAUGUAAACAGUGUGAAUUUGAGUAAUUAAGACACUUACUACUUUGUAUCACUGCCUUCCUGUUUUCUGCCACAGGUGACAGAAAAACAAUGCCCUCUCCAAUUUGUUUAUUGUGUCAAAAGUCAAUUUUAUGCUGCUACACCCAUUCUGUAAUAAAUCAAUCCUUUUUAAAAUAUGAGAUGAUAAUUUCACACAUUUAUGUAUAUCAUUCCAAGAAAUAAAACGAGAAGCUUGUACAGAAAUUCUUCCUAUGGCUUACACCACAACAUUUGUAGCAUUGCAUGGGUGUCUGAGUUAUUCAGUGUAAGGAAUGAGGUGCAAGUAAAAAGUUUGUCUUUAUAAACAGAAGAGCAUAGCCUGCAUUGUUUCAGUUUUCAAAACCUUUGUGAAUAUUGUGAUUUCAAAUAACCAACCUGCCAUGUUAUUUAAUGUGACUGAAGUGUAUGUAUUCUAUUAGAUAUGACAGAAAAUAUUGUCUCUUGUACUUAUGUAAGAUAAUGUGUGCAAACAUCCAUUUUUAUUCUAUAACAGAUUUUGUAAUAAAAUCAGUGUUCAAAAUUCGA